CAUUGUUCAGUUUCAUGACCGGACAGCCUGGCCCAGGUGUGAUGGAUAAUGCAUUGCAGCUCAGUUCAGGAGUCAUCUCACAAGAUGUCGAUCACUACGUGCUACUUUCUUUAGACAGUCGAUGACACUAAUAAUCAAGCUAUGCCGCCUGCAACUCUGCGGCACAGCAGUUUUAUGCACCCUGGAAACUUGCUGUGGUAUCCCAAAUGUCACUUUCGAGGAGUCCACCAAUACCAGCUCUCGAGCAAGCGCCGUGAAUGUGCCAGGCGACAUGGGGCUUGUUUUGCUUUUCCUAUCCCCAUUCGUACCUUUUUUCUUGCAAACAUGCAGCUAUUCAUUAGUUGACGCCGGCUACCUACUGGAGAGAUGCAGAUCAUUGUAUCCGCAUCAUGUAGUAAAACCUGGACAACUGCCGUUUAAAUGGCAACUCAUAUCCUGUAAGAAGGGCUAUGGCCAUUCUAAUCUGACAUAAACUGUUUCUCUCCCUGAUUACCAGGGACUCUGCAACCGACUGCUCAUCAAAACUGUUACUCGGUAUUUGCAGUACUAAGGUAUCUGUAGCGGACCUCGCGGAAAUAACGAACGCCCCGAGGCUGGAAUGGACAUCGAGGAGAGGCCUUCUCAAACUAUACGUGAACGAAAUACGCCCCGUGAGUCGUCCGUUUUGAGUCAAUACUUA